UAGCCUCAGGUUCCACGCCGCAAGUCACAAAGCGCCGGGUCACGUGGGCGGGCCGGUGCGCUUUGUGACGCAGACGGCCCCGCCCCCGGCCCGCCUAUCGGCGCACGCCCAAGCCCCGCCUCGCGUGCGCCGCCCGUGCAGUCCCUGCUUAAGAGACCCCGGAGUGGGGGCGCUCGCCCGAAGCCAGGCCGCGUCCGCCAUAGUGCCUGGCGCGGAGGUGUCGUCGGCGCAGGGUGCGGGCCGGAGAGCGCCCGGGGUUGGGGGGGCAGAACAAAAAAAAAAUAAUAAUAAUAAAGAGGGAAUCCAGCGACGCCCUCGCCGCCGCCCGACCGUUUCCGGGCUUCCCGACGCGGUCGUGGGCUCAGAGGCGACAGGAGCGGGAGCAGCGCGAGGAGCAGCAAGAGGAAGAGUCGGGCAGCCUCGGUGGUGUCCCCGGGGCCAACGAAGCCGCCUUCCGGGGCCCGGGGUGGUGAGGAAGGGCCUCGCGGCCUAGCUGGGCCCCGCACCGGCUUUGUGUCAGGCGGCGGCGGGGGGGAGGCGGAGCCGAACCGGGCGGCCGCUGGAAGGCCUCUCCUCCGCCGACCGCGCGAUCUCGGCCUAGGCCGCGGGCCGCUCGUGGCCUCCGGGGAGCAGGCGCCAGGGUGUGUGUGCGGUGGGGGCCUGGGCCUGGGGACGCCGACGCCGGUCGUCCGGAAGCCGGGAGGAGGCGAGAGGCCGCUCGUGGACUCCGGGCCUAGGCCCUCUCCCCGCAACCUUCUCCCGGGGCCUGGGUCACCCCCAUCCACGGAGAGAGACUAGCCGGGAGGUGCGGCCGCUAUGGACCCCUGACCCCGCGGGGUCAUUCGGACUCUAACGUGUGGACUGACCGCUACUGACUGCACCGCCUGCCCCCGUCUCCUGCCGGCCCUUAGCAUGAGCGAGUGGGACCCAGCCGGGUGACAUUGUGCCGGUUGGCGGAUCCUCGAUUGCCCCCUUUCCUGUCUUGCUCCUCCCUCAUGAAGCGAUUCUGAGUACGGGGGGUUCCGGAUUAUUGUUCUCACGGACCCCCGCUUGUGGUUGGGGGGGUAUUUAAUCUGAGGCCUUAGGGUCCUUCGUUGUCUUUUGAGUGUUUUGUGUGUGUACAUAUUUUGCUCUUAAGUUUAUAAAUAUACAUAUAUUGAGAGUGUCCACGUCUCCUCGCUGAACCUUAGGAAUCUUUUGCCACAAUGUCCUGUGUGCACUAUAAAUUUUCCUCUAAACUCAACUACGACACCGUCACUUUUGAUGGGCUCCAUAUCUCCCUCUGCGAUUUAAAGAAGCAGAUUAUGGGGAGAGAAAAGCUGAAAGCUGCCGAUAGCGAUCUGCAGAUCACCAACGCACAGACGAAAGAAGAAUACACUGAUGACAAUGCGCUCAUUCCUAAGAACUCAUCUGUGAUUGUCAGGAGGAUUCCUAUUGGAGGUGUCAAGUCUACAAGCAAGACAUAUGUUAUAAGUCGAACUGAACCAGUGAUGGGAACUACAAAAGCAAUUGAUGACGCUUCUGCAUCUAUUUCUCUGGCCCAGCUUACAAAGACACUGGAAACUAACAUAAUUCUGGAGGAGUCCCCUAGUUUUGGCUGUGAAUUAUGUGGACUUCUUUUUAAAUAGCCAAAACAGAAGAUUUCCUUUCCAUGGACAAUUGUGUGGUUAAUUCUUGAAAUUUUUAAUUGAUCCCACCAAGGUCAAUAUUUUAAAUGUGGUACAGUUGUUUCUUUAUGCUUUAGGCUUGUAGUCUGUCUGCAUUAGAAAAAUUUUAAACAACGUAAUUUGUUUGAACACAGACUACAUGAAUUGUGUUAAGUAUGUACUUAUGAUGCUGUUUGCAGGAAUAUGAGUGUGUAUGUUUGGAGAGGGCCAAAUUGUUCCCUCCUGAAAUCACUGUAUACAUCAUGUUGUUUGAUAAGGUUGCUUACAUUUAUGCUCGAUAAUGUGUAUCUUCUGUUUGGGAAAGCACUAGCGAUGGAUUCUUUUUUUUUUUUUUUUUUAAGACAGUGUAUUUUAGAUUGCAGGGUGUGUCUUUAGAAGACCAGAACAGGUAGAAUUGAGGGCUCAAAAGGAUUCCUGAAAAUCUUUUUCCCCCCUACUAUCAAGAAAUGAAAAGUAUGAUUUAACAGCCAACAUCAGAAGAGAAAAUGAAAAGUUAUCCUUUAGUGAUGUCCCUAUCUUUUAUCCUUGACUUGGUUGUGGGUUGUGUCCUUUUUUCUAGGAUGUAUCCUUAAAAGAUGUCCUGACAACAAAUUGCUACUUAAGCUCUAGUCCUAAGAAAACUAAAUACUAAAAUUAAUUAUCCUAAAUAGAGUGGAUGAACCAUGCUGUCAUUUUCUAGUGUAAGGUGGUUUAGCACAGAGGUCAUGUCUUUGGCAGCUUAUAGUUCCUGCUGUCUGUGUUUAUGUGUUCUGAGGGCUGGGUUUGAGGGUUGCUCUUUUCUGCUGCUGUUACUUGACUGGGAGGAGUUGGGAAGGUUUGGAGGUUUGGGUUUGUUUUGUUUUUUUUUUUCUUUUUUCUUUUUUUUGUUUUUGUUUUUAAUCUAUUUGUAAAAUAAUGUUUGGGUUCAAACAAAUUAGUUGUUGAACAUCUGUAAUCAGUUUUCUGUAAAUGUUACUGUUGUUCCAAGUUCUGUUAAUAUUAAGCAUUCUGUGUAUUUAAAAUUAAAAUAAAGUGUUAAAACUGGUUGCUUGUUUUGUGGAUGAAUGUAAAGAUAAAACCCAGUGAGUGAGUGACUGGUAUGAGCGGUAGGUGCUUGAAUAUCCAGGUUAUUAGAAAGUCACUCCCUUAGACCCUGUUUAUAUCUAGACUUAUAUUUAUUAAAAAUAAAAGUUCAUAUCUGUAGUUUAAAUUUUUGAAUGCUUAAUGCAUACCUUUGAACUUAGUGUAUAAGCUGACACCACUAACCAGAAGCCCUCUGACUUGUAGUGUAUAGUAACGUUAAGUCAUUUACCCCACCCUACAUUCCAAGUUCUAAAUGUAAAUUAUAAUCUCAGUGCUGUGACAAUUGAAAUCUUUUAAAAAUUUAACAUGUGUUUUCUUUUAAUCUCGCCUGGCCUUUAAUGUAAGGUACAGACAAGGUCUAAGGUUUGAAUCCCCCAGAAAGACCUCUGCAGCCUCCCAAGCUCCCCUAGACAGCAUAGAGUGAUGGAAGAAUGCCCAGUACUUACUGUUGUUAAGCACAGCUCGUUUAGAAGCUGCUCUGUGUAGAAUGCGUGUGUUGUCUUUGCUGUGUGGUCUUAAUGUGUUUCUAAUGUGUGUGUCAAAUAAUUACCUGUUAAACAGACUGCCAAUCUGGCUGAAGCCAAUGCUUCUGAAGAAGACAAAAUUAAAGCAAUGAUGUCACAGUCUGGCCAUGAAUACGACCCAAUCAAUUACAUGAAGAAAACUCUAGUAGGUCCACCACCUCCAUCUUACACCUGCUUUCGUUGUGGUAAACCUGGUCAUUAUAUUAAGAAUUGCCCAACAAAUGGGGAUAAGAACUUUGAAUCUGGUCCUAGGAUCAAAAAGAGCACUGGAAUUCCUAGAAGUUUUAUGAUGGAAGUGAAAGAUCCUAACAUGAAAGGUGCAAUGCUUACAAACACUGGAAAAUAUGCAAUACCAACUAUAGAUGCUGGGAGACUCCUCUUUCACAAAUUGGGAACAAUGGGGCAUAAGCAAAUUGAUACUUAUUUGUGGAAUCGUGGUGAUGUCUAUGGAGCAGCUGCAACACAAAUAACACACCUCAGAGAGGCCUAUGCAAUCGGGAAGAAAGAGAAACCACCCUUCUUACCAGAGGAGCCAUCAUCAUCUUCAGAAGAAGAUGAUCCUAUCCCAGACGAGCUCUUGUGCCUCAUCUGCAAAGACAUCAUGACUGAUGCUGUGGUCAUUCCCUGCUGUGGAAACAGUUACUGUGAUGAAUGUAUAAGAACAGCACUCUUGGAGUCAGAUGAACAUACAUGUCCAACAUGUCACCAAAAUGAUGUUUCUCCUGAUGCUUUAAUUGCCAACAAGUUUUUACGACAGGCUGUUAAUAACUUUAAAAAUGAAACUGGCUAUACAAAACGACUACGAAAACAGUUACCUCCACCCCCACCCCCAGUACCACCACCAAGACCACUCAUGCAGCGGAACCUGCAGCCUCUGAUGAGAUCUCCCAUAUCAAGACAGCAGGAUCCUCUGAUGAUUCCAGUGACAUCGUCCUCCGCUCACUCAGCUCCCUCUAUAUCUUCAUUAACUUCAAAUCCAUCUGCCCUGGCUCCUUCUGUGUCUGGAAAUCCAUCUUCUGCCCCAGCUCCAGUACCUGAUAUAACUGCAACCGUGUCUAUAUCAGUCCACUCAGAAAAAUCGGAUGGACCUUUUCGGGAUUCUGAUAAUAAAUUAUUGCCAGCUGCCGCCCUUACAUCAGAACAUUCAAAGGGAGCCUCUUCAAUUGCUAUUACUGCUCUUAUGGAAGAAAAGGGGUACCAGGUACCAGUCCUUGGAACUCCAUCUUUGUUGGGACAGUCAUUAUUACAUGGACAGUUGAUUCCCACAACUGGCCCAGUAAGAAUCAAUGCUGCUCGUCCAGGUGGUGGCCGGCCAGGCUGGGAGCAUUCCAACAAGCUUGGGUACCUAGUUUCUCCACCACAGCAAAUUAGAAGAGGAGAAAGAAGCUGUUACAGAAGUAUAAACCGCGGGCGACACCACAGCGAACGAUCACAGAGGACUCAAGGCCCAUCACUUCCAGCAACUCCAGUCUUUGUGCCCGUUCCACCACCUCCUUUGUAUCCGCCUCCUCCCCAUACACUUCCUCUUCCUCCAGGUGUACCUCCCCCACAGUUUUCUCCUCAGUUUCCUCCUGGCCAGCCUCCACCAGCAGGAUAUAGUGUCCCUCCUCCAGGGUUUCCACCAGCUCCUGCCAAUAUAUCAACACCUUGGGUAUCAUCAGGAGUGCAGACUGCCCAUUCAAAUACCAUCCCUACAACACAAGCACCUCCUUUGUCCAGGGAAGAAUUCUAUAGAGAGCAACGACGGCUAAAGGAAGAGGAAAAGAAAAAGUCCAAGCUAGAUGAGUUUACAAAUGAUUUUGCUAAGGAAUUGAUGGAAUACAAAAAGAUUCAAAAGGAGCGUAGGCGCUCAUUUUCCAGGUCUAAAUCUCCCUAUAGUGGGUCAUCGUAUUCAAGAAGUUCAUACACUUAUUCAAAGUCAAGGUCUGGCUCAACACGUUCACGCUCUUACUCUCGGUCCUUCAGCCGCUCACAUUCUCGCUCCUAUUCACGAUCACCCCCAUACCCCAGGAGAGGCAGAGGCAAGAGCCGCAAUUACCGUUCACGGUCCAGAUCUCACGGAUACCACCGAUCUAGGUCAAGGUCACCUCCCUAUAGACGAUACCACUCACGGUCCAGAUCUCCUCAAGCAUUUAGGGGACAGUCUCCCACUAAACGCAAUGUACCUCAAGGAGAAACAGAGCGUGAGUAUUUUAAUAGAUACAGAGAAGUUCCACCCCCUUAUGACAUCAAAGCCUAUUAUGGGCGGAGUGUCGACUUUAGAGACCCAUUUGAGAAAGAACGCUACCGGGAAUGGGAAAGGAAAUACCGAGAGUGGUAUGAGAAGUACUACAAAGGGUACGCGGUGGGAGCUCAACCUAGACCCUCAGCCAAUAGAGAGGACUUUUCUCCAGAGAGACUCUUACCUCUUAAUAUCAGAAAUUCACCCUUUACAAGAGGGCGCAGAGAAGACUAUGCUGCUGGACAAAGUCAUAGAAAUAGAAAUCUAGGUGGCAACUAUCCAGAAAAGCUUUCAACAAGGGACAGUCACAAUGCAAAAGAUAAUCCAAAAUCGAAGGAGAAGGAGAGUGAGAAUGUUCCAGGAGACGGCAAAGGGAACAAGCAUAAGAAACACAGGAAACGAAGAAAGGGGGAAGAGAGUGAGAGCUUCCUGAACCCAGAGCUACUGGAGACGUCUAGGAAAUGCAGGGAAUCGUCAGGGAUUGAUGAAACGAAGACAGAUACACUGUUUGUUCUCCCAAGCAGAGACGAUGCUACACCUGUUAGGGAUGAGCCAAUGGACGCAGAAUCGAUCACUUUCAAGUCAGUAUCUGACAAAGACAAGAGGGAAAAGGAUAAGCCAAAAGUAAAAAGUGACAAGACCAAACGGAAAAGUGACGGGUCUGCUACAGCCAAGAAAGACAAUGUUUUAAAACCUUCUAAAGGACCUCAAGAAAAGGUAGAUGGAGACCGUGAAAAGUCUCCUCGGUCUGAGCCGCCACUCAAAAAAGCCAAAGAGGAGGCUACAAAGAUUGACUCUGUAAAACCUUCCUCGUCUUCUCAGAAGGAUGAGAAGGUCACUGGAACCCCUAGAAAAGCCCAUUCUAAAUCUGCAAAAGAACACCAGGAGGCAAAGCCAGCCAAGGACGAGAAGGUCAAAAAGGACUGUUCCAAAGACAUCAAGUCAGAAAAGCCAGCCAGUAAGGACGAGAAGGCCAAGAAGCCUGAGAAAAAUAAACUACUUGAUAGCAAGGGAGAAAAACGAAAGAGAAAAACGGAAGAAAAGAGUGUAGAUAAAGAUUUUGAGUCGUCUUCAAUGAAAAUCUCUAAAGUAGAAGGAACAGAAAUAGUGAAACCAUCACCAAAACGGAAAAUGGAAGGUGAUGUUGAAAAGCUGGAAAGGACCCCAGAAAAGGACAAGAUUGCAUCAUCAACUACUCCAGCCAAAAAAAUCAAACUCAACAGAGAAACUGGAAAAAAAAUUGGAAAUGCAGAAAAUGCAUCUACUACAAAAGAACCCUCUGAAAAAUUGGAGUCAACAUCUAGCAAAAUCAAACAGGAAAAAGUCAAGGGAAAGGCCAAACGGAAAGUAGCUGGGUCGGAAGGCUCCAGCUCCACGCUUGUGGAUUACACCAGUACAAGUUCAACUGGAGGCAGUCCUGUGAGGAAAUCUGAAGAAAAGACAGAUACAAAGCGAACAGUCAUUAAAACUAUGGAGGAAUAUAAUAAUGAUAACACAGCUCCUGCUGAAGAUGUUAUAAUUAUGAUCCAGGUUCCUCAGUCCAAAUGGGAUAAAGAUGACUUUGAGUCUGAAGAAGAAGAUGUUAAAACCACACAACCUAUACAGAGUGUAGGGAAACCAUCGAGUAUUAUAAAAAAUGUCACUACUAAGCCAUCGGCUACGGCUAAGUACACCGAGAAGGAAAGCGAGCAGCCCGAGAAACUGCAGAAGCUUCCCAAGGAGGCGAGCCACGAGCUGAUGCAGCACGAGCUCAGGAGCUCAAAGGGCAGUGCGUCCAGUGAGAAGGGCAGAGCCAAGGACCGGGAGCACUCAGGGUCGGAGAAGGACAACCCUGACAAGAGGAAGAGCGGUGCCCAGCCAGACAAGGAGAGCACUGUGGACCGCCUGAGUGAGCAGGGACAUUUUAAGACUCUCUCUCAGUCUUCCAAAGAGACCAGGACUUCAGAGAAGCACGAGUCUGUUCGUGGUUCCUCAAAUAAAGACUUCACUCCUGGUAGAGACAAGAAAGUGGACUACGACAGCAGGGAUUAUUCCAGUUCCAAGCGAAGAGACGAGAGAGGUGAAUUAGCAAGGAGAAAAGACUCUCCUCCCCGGGGCAAAGAGUCUCUGUCUGGGCAGAAAAGCAAGCUGAGGGAGGAGAGAGAUUUACCUAAAAAGGGGGCCGAGUCAAAAAAAAGUAAUUCUAGCCCCCCAAGAGACAAAAAGCCUCAUGAUCAUAAAGCCCCCUACGAAACUAAACGCCCAUGUGAAGAGACAAAGCCUGUAGAUAAAAACUCUGGGAAGGAGCGGGAGAAGCAUGCUGCUGAAGCUCGCAAUGGGAAAGAGUCCAGUGGUGGCAAACUGCCAUGUAUACCUAACCCGCCAGACCCUCCCAUGGAGAAGGAGCUGGCUGCUGGGCAGGUGGAGAAGAGCGCCGUCAAGCCGAAACCCCAGCUGAGCCAUUCCUCGAGGCUUUCCUCUGACCUGACCCGGGAGACGGACGAGGCUGCCUUUGAACCAGAUUAUAAUGAGAGCGACAGUGAGAGUAAUGUGUCUGUGAAGGAAGAAGAAGCUGUUGCCAGUAUCUCCAAGGACUUGAAAGAGAAAACAACAGAGAAAGCGAAAGAGAGCUUGACUGUAGCAACGGCCAGCCAGCCAGGUGCAGACAGGAGCCAGAGCCAAAGUAGCCCCAGUGUUAGUCCAAGUAGAAGUCAUAGCCCUUCCGGGAGCCAGACCCGAAGCCACAGCAGCAGUGCCAGCUCAGCCGGAAGCCAGGACAGCAAAAAGAAGAAGAAGAAGAAGGAGAAGAAAAAGCACAAGAAGCAUAAAAAGCACAAGAAGCACAAGAAGCACGCAGGCGCCGACGGCGACGUGGAGAAGAGCCAGAAACACAAACACAAGAAGAAGAAGGCCAAGAAGAACAAAGACAAGGAGAAGGAGAAAGAUGACCAAAAAGUGAGAUCUGUCACUGUGUGAAGGACGGAUGUGUUAAUUGACUUAAUUACUAAGUCAUCUGUAUUAAAUUCUGUUAUAAUGUAAAGAGAUUCCAGCCUUGUAAAUAAUGAAUGGAAGACCCUGUGCUGCACUUAAAAGUAUUUGCUGCUUGAUUAUUUCAUUUUUACAUCAGAGCUUUAUAACGAACUUUUGUACAGAAUUGUGAGUUGUGACCAUGGAACAUGAGAGGUUUUGCUAGGGCCUAUUAUUUUUAACCACCAUUAAUUAGUUGGGGUGGAGUUUACUGUACUGUGAAAUUUUCACAUUUGAAUUUUUUUAAUUGCCUGGCAAAUGCUGAUAUCAGUUCAAAAAUAUCAGCAGAAUGAUUGCUGAACUCAUUACAGCCCCGUUAUGUCACUUUUUGAUUACAAUAAAAGUUUUCAGUAAA